AGGGCUGGGAAAGGCUUUAAAAGAGCUCCACACAGAGAGAAAGACAGACCCUGAAAGAUGCCAGGAGGAGGAAGAGGGAUGCAGGCUGCCACCUGCCUGGUCCCACGGAGCGCCCGGAUCCUCCUGAUGGAGACCCCCACUCGUCCUAAAGGAACCCGACUGGGUUUGCCAUGCCAUCGGCACUUAUGCGGCAAUAGGAUCCAUGCGUGUCUGAGUCCCAACACAUGCCCUUUCCAGGUCUCAGCAUUGGCCACAAGGCAGCAAACUCGUCCCUUUCUGAGCCUGGCAGCCCCGCUACUUGGUGCCAAGAGAAUAGAGUACGCAGAAGUCCGUCAGCUCCCGUACUCUGUUGAUCAGAUGUAUGACAUUGUGGCAGAUGUGGGCAGCUAUCAGAACUUUGUACCCUGGUGCAGCGGCUCCCGUGUUAUUUCCCAUCGAAAUGGAUUCUCGGAGGCCCAACUGGAAGUGGGAUUCCCCCCAGUGGUAGAGCGCUACGUGUCUGAGAUUUCCUCAAUGCCUCAUUGCCAGAUCCGGGCUGUAAGUAAAGAUGGGAGGUUGUUUCAGCAUUUGGAGACACUGUGGCAGUUCAAGCCAGGACCGCCAGGAAAAGUGAACACCUGCAUGCUUAAGUUUUACGUUUCUUUUGAGUUCAAGUCAGCUCUCCACUCUCAGUUGGCCAACCUCUUCUUCAACGAAGUAGUCAAGCAGAUGGUGUCAGCUUUCGAGAGGAGAGCAGAGAAGCUGUAUGGCCCACAUGUCAUAGCCCAACCACGCAAGGCCAUUCCCGGCAGGUGACAGCACAAUUUGAACCCCAUGCUGCGGCACCCAUCUUGGCCUAAAGGAAAAGUUUCCUUUUAACCAUCUGAGGUCUGGACUUCUUCCUGGAUUACCUCCGCUGGCCACCAUUAAGAGACAUUGCUUUAUUUAUGUCUAUUUAACUUCUAAUACCUUCCAAGUAAAUUAUUUCUCUGAUUAAGUUAUUUUAUUGAAGAUGUUGUUAGAACUAAUUUAUUGGAUAUUUAAUUCAGCUGGUCUAAGGACGACUCCUUGUUACAAAGGAGACUACAACCAGCAAACUUGUGGAAUUUUUUAGAAGUUCUAUUUUUUUAUAAUAGAAAUAAAAAAAUAUUCCCUUUUCAGUUUA